GGAACCAUGGGAUCUUGAUCGGGCAUAUCAUCCAAUCCCCCACCAUCCGCUUUAAGUGCAAGAUGGUGAAAUUUUCUAUUUUAAAUAUCAAAUCUUCCAACCCAAAUAUCCAAUCUCUCCAAUUUUCAAUCUAUUGCUGCUACUAUAUGCCAGAUAACACGUAUAUUCUACGUAUCUGAUUGAGGACUAGCCUUAAUCGAAAGUUCUCUCGUGAUCGGGAGGGGUAAUUAACUAUAGGGGCUUGCGCCUAUAGGAAACCAGAACUCAGAUCAUAAAGUCCUCGCAUAAUGAGGGCGAAAUCUCUGAAUAGUGUCUUAUCUACAAACACAUCUGCCUUCCAAAAUUUAUCUCAGAACUUAACAGUUAAAACUCCAUCGCCGAAUAAAUAGGAGAAAAAGCAAGUGGGCGGAGGCCGGGGCCGAAUUUUCGGAGCCCACAAAAGUCUUAGUGAGUUUGAGUCUCACCUGGCAAAAACUAUACAGACGUUUCACUCCACCUCAUGUGAAUGAAUGGAUGUCAAUCUCAAUCUUAUUUGAUAUAUAAGAAAUUGCCCCUGGUAAUUUGAUAGGAAAUACUUGAGUUCGCAAGUAAUCCAAGGGGAAAUAGUUGAGUUUGCGAGCAACCAUAGCAAUAAUUGGCCCAAAACAUUGAGAAAACAAGAAAAAUAUAGAUGAAAUCAAACUAAGAGUGAUAGAUUGUGAUAGAAGAAUCAAAACAAACAAACUCCAAGCAAGAUACAAUUGAUCGUCUAUUCAAGAGGAGGAUCGUCUCUACCAUCUCUAGAUUGUGGAUCUAGAGCUCAAGACACCAAGGAGAUUCUAAGAGAACAACUCAAAUCAUGCAUAACCCUAACCCUAAACAAACCAUAUUAUUAAUACAUUAAUUCCCUAAUUCAAACAUCCAAAAUUCAAAAUUUCUCUCUCUCCCAAGCUGCCCAAUCCUCUCUUCUUAAUUUCCUCCUAAUGGGGCCCGCUAGAUUGGGCUGCAAAAGAACCAAGGAAGGCGGCACUUAUCCGCCUCCUGUAAACCUAAGCCAAGGUUGAACCGGCCUAACAAUACCGCCCUCCUGAAGAAUCACCUUAUCCUCAAGGUGAAAAUUAGGAAACUGUUGUUUCACCCUCUCGUAUGGUUCGCAUGUGGCAUCAUACUCAGGCAUAUUCUUCCACUUUAUUAGCACUUCCUUAGCUCCAUCUUCUUUUUGGUGAACCCCCAUCAACUCUAAGGGUUUUAGAAUUACCUCUAAAUCCUCAGUAAGUGUUGUCGGUAACUCCGAGUUGGCUGUAUAAUUUCCAAUGGCUCUUUUCAAUUGCGAUACAUGGAAAAUCAUAUGUAUAGUCAUCGUUGGUGGUAGUUUCAGCCGAUAUGCUACCGCUCUAAUCUUCUCCAAUACUUCAUAAGGUUCAAAGUACCUUGGAGCAAACUUCUCAUUCCUCCUGUUGGUGACUAUCUUCUGUCUGUAUGGUUAGAGCUUCAAGAAUACCCUCUCCCCCACUUCGAAUUGGAUGUCCUUCAUAUGCCCAACAGCUUGUUUCUUCAUAAUCUGUUGAGCUCUCAUUAGAUAUCUCUUCGACUCCUCUGGCACUCUAUCCCUCUCCCCCAAGUACUCCUCCACUAAAGAAAUUAGAAUACUGUUAUUCCCAAAGUGCACAAAGUGAGGAGAAUCCCUUCCAUACAACACCUUAAAUGGGGUCAUUUGAGAAGCAGAAGGAAAAGAGGUGUUGUACCAGUACUCAGCCCAUGAUAGCCACUUGGCCCAUAACCUGGGUGUCUCCGACACAAAGCAUCUCAAGUAGGUCUCCAAGCUCCUGUUGACCACUUCCGUUUGGCCAUCCAUAUGUGGGUGGUAAGCGAUGCUCCUCUUCAGAACUGUCCCCUGUAAUAUGAACAAGUCCCUCCAAAAGUGGCUGAGAAACACAAUAUCUCUAUAUGGAUACUAUCGCCUAUGGUACUCCAUACAAUCUGACCACCUCUCUGAUGAAAGCUGAAGCUACUGUUACUACCGUGUAUGGAUGUCGUAGGGGAAUAAAAUGAGCAUAUUUACUCAAUCUAUCUACCAUGACCAAGAUUAUUGUGAAUCCCUCAGAACGUGACAGCCCAUAUAUGAAGUCCAUAGACACCUCCUCCCAAACUCAUCCUGGUACGGCCAACGGCUGUAAUAGUCCUCCUUGUGAUAUAGUCAAAUACUUGUUUCUUUUACAGACCUUGCAUCUAGCUACCAUCUCCUCCACAUCCUUAUGCAUCCCCUUACAGUACAGCUCCGUCGCAAUCCUCCUGUAGGUAUUUAGCACCCCUGAGUGACUUCCAAUUGCACCUCAUGGAACUCCUGAAGCAUGUAUGGAAUGUGGAUUGAUGUCUUGGGCAUUACAAACCUCCCUUGGUACAAAAGUCUCUCCCCUUAAAGUGAGUACCCCGGGUGACUACUUCAUUCCUUUAGUAAUUUGACCUUGAUCCUGCCCAACUCCUCAUCCCUAGCACUCUCCUCUUUGAUGGCCUCCCAAUCUAACAUCAUUGGGAUGGAUACUUCCAUUGUCUACAGGUCUCCCAUGCAUCUGGAAAAGGCAUUUUUCACCUUGUUCUCCACUCCGGGCCUAUACUGAAUCUCAAAAUCACACCCCAGCAACUUGGACAGUCAACUCUGAUGCUCCUCUAUCAUCAUUCGUUGUUCCAGCAAGUAUUUCACCGCUGAUCGAUCCUGAUAAUGAAAUGCCUCCCUAGAAGGUAGGCUACCACUUUUGGAUGGCCAAAACGAUGGCCAUCAACUCCCUUUCAUAAACUGACUUUAGCCUGCCUCUAACAAUCAACACCUAGCUGAAGUAGGCAAUGGGUCGACGAUUCUGCAUAAGUAUUGCCCCCAGUAUGUACCCUGAAGCGACUGUCCCCACUAUAAAGAUCUGAGUGAAAUCUGGCAAAGCUAGGGCCGAUUUUGUAGUCAUAGCCUUUUUCAAGCUCUCAAAUGUUGAUGUGGCCACCUCCCCCCAUAGAAAAUCGUUCUUCUUCAACUACUCAGUGAGUGUCCAUGCUAUGGUGUUGUAUCCCUUUACAAACAUUUUGUAGUAACCUGUCAGUCCUAGAAAUCUCCUCAACUCCUUCAGAUUUUUAGGCACUGGCUAUUUCAGCAUUGCCUCAAAUUUGAACUGAUUUAAUGUCACCCUCUCUUUUGAUACAACAUGGCCAAAGUACUCUACAUUGGCUUGUGCGAAGCAGCACUUCUUCAAGUUGACUCGCAACUGAUGCUCCCGCAAUACCUCAAACACCUUCAAAUGCUCCCAGUGCUCCUCUUCUGUCCUGCUGUAGACUAGGAUUUCAUCAAAGAAUACCAAUACAAAUUGUCUGAGAUAAGGUUUGAAAACCUUAUUCAUAAGUGCCUAGAAAGUGGUUGGAGCAUUGGUGAGGCCAAAAGGCAUCACCAGGAACUCAUAGUGUCACUCGUAAGUUUUGAAGGCAGUCUUGGCCACAUCCUCCUCUUUCAUUCUGAUCUGAUGGUAUCCUGAUUUUAGUUCUAUUUUGUUGAAGAUCACUGCUCCACUCAAUUCAUCUAACAGCUCGUCUAUAACUGGUAUGGGAAACUUGUCAGGUACAGUUUCCUUGUUGAGCGCCCAGAAGUUCACAAAGAAUCGUCAGUUGUUGUCUUUCUUCUUCACCAAUAUAAUAGGACUAUAAAAGGGACUAAUGCUGGGUCGAAUGAUUCUUGCCUCCAGCAUCUCUCUAAUCAACUUUUCAAUUUCAUCAUUUUGAAACUAAUUGUAGCGAUAGGGUCGUACGCUGAUGGGUGACACACCCUCUCUCAAAAUGAUGGCAUGCUCAUGUUCCCUCGAUGGUAGCAAUCCUUGAGGUGGCUGAAACAUCUCUUGGAAUUGUUGAAUCAGCGACUGUAUGGAGAGGGAUAUGUCCCCUCCCUCUUCCAAUCUAGCUUCCUACAAACUGUGCAACUCCAUUAAAUAUCCUCCACCCACCAACUGUAAAUUCCUCGCCAUAGUUUUAAGAGAAACCAUUGAUUUGGGAGGGCGGUAUAGUUAGGCCGAUUCAGCCUGAAUUGGCCCAGUCGGCCUCAGAUUUAUAGGAGGCGGACAAGUGCAGCCUCCCUUGAUUCUUUUGCCGCCCAAGCUAGUGGGCCCCACAAGGAGGAAAUUAAGGAGAGAGGGUUGGGCGGCUAGGGGGAGAGAUAAAUUUUGAAUUUUGAACGUUUGAAUUAGGGAAUUAAUGUAUUAAUAGUAUCAUUUGUUUAGGGUUAGGGUUAUGCGUGAUUUGAGUUGUUCUCUUAGAGUCUCCUUGGUGUCUUGGGCCCUAGAUCCACAAGCUAGAGAUUUGGGAGAGACGGUCCUCCUCUCAAAUAAAUGAUCAAUUUUAUCUUGUUGUUUUCUUCUGAUCUAUUUGAUGCUUGGAGGGAAAAUUCAAAUGAAUGGGUUGUUUUGGCAUUUGCAUUAAUUUUUAUGCUUUAAGUAAUUGUCUAACCUAGUGUUAGGGUUAUGUUUUGAUUUGGCUGAAUUUGAGUUUCCUAAAGGUAGAGAGGGCUCUAGUUCGUGGUUAGGGUUUGGGAGAGCUGGAUCUUCCUCUCCAAUUAAAGAUUUAAUUGUAUCUUGUCUUUCUUUCAUAGUUACUUCAAUCAAAAGGGGUUUUAUUUCUGGAAGAAUUGAAGUCAACGGUGGAGCAGCCACCCACCCCCAUAGCCAAACAACACUUAAAAAGCCAAUAUUAACUCAAAAAUGAAAAAUGAAUACACUUGUUCCGCUUAAUUUUUUAAUGUUUCCUAUAAAUAAAUUUUUUAAGUUUCCUAUCAAUCUUUGUAUUUUCCUGAGACUAAGAUCAGAAUCUUAUCACUAUUCCUAAGUGGCAAAUUCACUCUUCCCCUUUUACUAGCACCCUCCCGAUUGAAGAAAAUAGGCAUAUUUGUGCAUACAGGACUAACAGAAGCUAUACUGAUUAUUAAAACUAAAAGAAACAAGAUAAAAAUGAAGAAUAAGAAAGCAUAAAGAUCAACAAUUUCCGGUUGAAGUAAGGUCAAGGGUGGAGCCAACUCUUAUAAAGUCAACAUAACGCAAUAACAAAUACAGUCAUUAACCCGCUCAAUUUUUUAAAGCUUCCUACUAUUUUUUUUUUUUUUUUUUUUAUGUUUCUUUACAAUUUUUGUAUGUUCCUGAGAUUAAUAUCAGAAUCUGGGAUUCCAAAAAUUACCACCAUUCCUAGUAGGCAUCAUCAUUCUCCCCCUCUACAAAAGAACGACUUUAUUAAAAACAUCAAGUUACUAAAUCUGCUUCCUCAAUGACUUGAAAUGGACAUGACUUCACUUCUCUCUUCUGAUGGAAGAAAGUAGGCAUAAGUUUUCCUUCACCAUCAUCAUUAACCGAUCAAAGACACAAGACAGGCUUCCCUAAUUUCGCUGUUGUAGUGCAGCUUGAUUAUGAUCUCCACAAAGAAACCAAUGCCAACAAAAGAACACCCAAAAGCUCAGACAAGUCGCAAUUCUUUCCAUGAAAUACUUGCAUAACUGCUUCCAUGACUUCAACAAGCCCCUUAUUUUUAGGUAAUUGUUUUCAUGCUAGUCGAGCUAAAUUUUGGUGCCUGUCUUAACUCUCAAAAUGGUAAGACAAUACAUUUGAAGCAUCGCAUAAUUAGCUUCAAAAUAUUUACAUCUGAUGGAGCUUUUCUAAUAAAAACUGUACUAAAGUCAAAAGGACCUGAGGUGAUACGAGACGGUGCCCUAGCCGCCUCCCCCUUCCCGUGACUUUGAGUUCCCCUCCUUUUUCUCCUGGCCGCCACCGGCCUUCCGCCGGUGGCCAUCAUGGAUCAGCUGGGUCAGCUUGACGCCAGCCUUUUCCCCCCUUUGGUAAACUCUUUGGCCACUUCUUCUAACCCUAAGUCUCCUCUUCGUCGUGUGUUAGACCGUCUCUGGUCUAAUAUCAUAGCUGAGCCAGCUCCUUCCUCUCCACAUAUCCCUGUUUCUCUCAUCGAAACUCCAGAGGAGAUCAUCCCGUUUAACAAAGAAUUUACCGAUGUUGCUGCUGCAGAAUGGAAUCUCUGCCUUGUCGGGUAUUCGAUUGGUAAGAGGCCUUACUAUGAAGCCCUUAAGGAAACAUCUAAGCGUAUUUGGAAGCUUAAAGGUACAUUUCAACUCAUAGCUCUUGCAGAUGGGUUCUUUCUCUUCAAAUUUUCGUUGCUGGAAGAUUUCGAUAUGGUUUGGUCAAAAGGUGCGUGGUUUUUUCAUGGAAAGCCAUUUAUUUUCCAAAAGUGGACCAAAAACUUUCAUCCUACCAGGGAAAAUUUUACAUCGGUGAUGAUUUGGGUUAGGGUGCAUAAUUUGCCCUUAGUAUGUUGGAAUUCGGAAGGAAUUUCCAAAAUAGCUUCUAAAAUAGGUAUUCUGAUUGUUGUUGAUGCCUUAACUGCUACUAAAACUAGAUUAACUUAUGCUAGAAUUUGCAUACAAGUUUCUACUUCUCUUUUUCUGGAUACAUUGGUUGUGUCUAUAGAAGGGGAGGUUAUCAAUCUUCAGGUCCAAUAUGAAUGGAAGCCUACACCGUGCACCUCCUGUGCCUCUCUAGCUCACUCCUCUACUCAAUGCCCUUCAUCUCAACAUACUGAGAAAAAUGAGAUAACACAGUUUAGGGGGCGUGGUACCUCUCGUAAUCCUCAUAAGAAAUCCCAAAUGCGCCCUGGCUCUUCAACUCAGAGGUAUGCCCCUGUUAUUAAUCCAGCUUCCACCCCUAUUACUCAAGCAGCCUCCACCUCUGUGCUUUCCAUGGUUCCCUCACAAGUUGAUAUUCCCCCUAUAGCUCCUCCUAAAGUCCCUCCUUCUGCUGUUUCUGCAGUGGUAAACGUUGAGCAUCCUGUGCUCACGGCUUCCCUGCAGAAAGAGGUUCCCCCACCCAUCAUAGCUGAGACUAUUAUCCCAGAAUUCACUGAAGCUUCUGCUUCUGACAGUUUAAAAAUUUCCAAUCUCAACUCACCUACUGAUGAAGGUUUAGGAGAUACGGAUAAUUUGAAAUUUCCUUCUCUAAAACCCCCCAAUAUACAGACUAACAACAAGUAUUCGUACCUUCAGGGAUCGGAGGAUUUAGCCUUUCUGGCUCUGAAAAUGACAGCUCCUCUUUUUCGGAACCUAUAACAAAUAUCAAAGAGAAGAAAAAAAUUUCACCCCAAC